UCCACGACGACCACCAAGAGCAUCAUCAUGUCGUGGAGAUUGUCGUCGACCAAGACUAGGGACGCCUGAACCCUUUCCUCCUCCUGCUGCUGCUUCGCGAGUAGUUCCUCCCGCGGUCUCUGCCUUUUCGAGACGCAUCGCCAUCAUCUCCCCGUACCCGGGCAUCCACUCCUCCGCUAGGCUGCGCCAUAUCUGCUCGCUCAGCCAGAUAUGUCUCCAGGCCCGACACACCUGCAGCACCGCGAGAUACGCGUCCGCCGCGCCGUCCUCGUGAUCCACCUCGGCGGCCAGGAGCAGCAGCUCGGCAAUGAUCAUGAUGUGCAGCUCCAACGGCAGGCGCGAGAUUAGCGGGCCCCCCGCCGCCGCUGCUGCUUCGGCUGCUAUUGCAUCUGCUGCUGUUGCACCACCAUUGUCGUCGACGUCCUCGCCGUGGAUCCCAUCAUCGCGCCAACCUCGGCCGGGUAGGGAGCCAAUAGUCUUCCUGGCAGAUCUUGAUGGCCAUGACGAUGACGCCGACAGCGCGCCACCGCCGACCGCCGCAGUCGUCGGGUCGGCUGCUGCCGAUGAUGCUGACCUCGCCGAGCGGCGGAUCUUUGCCAGGAAGGACUUCAUUCGUCGUUCUCGUUCUGUUUAUCUCCCUGUGCUUAAGGCCUGCCGCACAAGGUACACUCGCGACGACGACUCGUCACAGCGUCUUUUGGCGCUUUCCGUAAUGCUCUCGGGCAUGGGGGGCAGGUGGUGUGACCUGAUGGUCGGGCCUGAGUCAAGGGUCAAGUCAAGGUACUACUUGUCACUCUCAAAAGCGGCCCUCGUAAGGCAGGUACAGGGAUUGGUCAAGUCAUGGUCUCGGUCGCGGUCCAGGGACCAGGUCGUUGCUGGUACUGGUGGUCACUUUUAGGGAAGAGCAUGUCGCAGGUAGCUAGAUCCAGCUGCGUAAUAGGUACUCUCACGUGCUGC